AUGUUCGGAACUGAUUUUGAAGAUUACUGCGAUUUCAAUGACAGUAUCUGCAGUAACGAUUCUGGUUUUGAAAAAUCACAUACAGACUCAUUGGCCACGCCUAUUUCUGUUACGAGUACUCCGAUAAAACAUGAUACAAUAGAUUUAGGAAUUUCUAUGACACCAAAUAAAGAAAGUCAUGUACGAAGAAAGCUGUUUACCGAUGAAUAUACCUAUCGUUUUCCUACACCGGUUGAAGAUGUCAAGGUAUUCGAAGACUUUCAACCACUGAACAACACGUCUACACCAGUAAAACUGAAAGAUAAGAAACCUAAAGAUCCAAAUAAACCAAAACGAAAAUACGCUAAUGGCAAAAAUAGAGUAUCAAGAUGUAAAAGUCCUACACAGAUCUUAAGAAUAAAAAAAAAUAGAAGAAUGAAAGCCAAUGAUCGAGAGAGAAAUAGGAUGCACAUGUUAAAUGAAGCUCUAGAUCGGCUUAGAUAUGUUCUACCCACUUUUCCUGAAGAUACGAAGCUGACGAAAAUAGAAACACUGCGAUUUGCACACAACUACAUUUUCGCUUUAAGCCAAACCUUAGAGUCAUUGGAUAACAUAAAUUCUGGACAAUUGCCAGUCGAAGAAGUAAGUUUCAAUUAUGAGAAGUUAGAAAACUAUCCUAUAGCUGAGAAAGUAAACAAAGACGCAUUCCGAGACAUUUUUGUUCCCAACAAAAGUGACGAAAGUAGUGGAGAUGGAUACAGAAGUUUCCAAGGAUUUAGCAAACCUUUUGCAAAUGGAUCGAAUUUCCUUCAAACUCCCGAAGGUGUGCUUAUAAAUGUUGGUAAUGUUACCGUCUCUGUAAACAAUAAAGGCGGUAAUUGUAUAACGUCAACCACUGGAACUGGAUUUUUUACACAUCCUGCAAGUUUUGGAGAUGAUAUGUUUCAAAAAAAUUGUUACAAUGAAACUUAUACCGCUAACAGCUAUAACAAUUUUGAUUCCACGGUACAAAAUUCAAUUCAAAGUUCUAAAGAAUAUUUCAACCAGAAAAAUUACGAGCUAUUUAAAAAUGCUUUUGAAACUGCUAAAAAUAGAAGGAGUACUAACACUAGUGAAUAUACAUGUAACUACAGUCCCAUUUCUAACCACAACUACAGUUACAACGACAAAUAUAAUUACGGAAAUGAGGCAUUUUAUUCCCAAAGUAAUUUGUAUUACAACGACCAAAGAUACGUUGGUAGAGAUUUUUAUAGAAGCCCUAGUGUUGUGAACGCGCAAACUUAA